AAGGAAGUCAGGCACUGAAGAUGUUGCAAUGGGUUAGCUGCUUAACUUGCUGGCUUGGAGGAACGGAAUGGACUGAAGCUGGCGUCCGCGGCUCUGAUGAUGAUUGGAUUUAGCUUAUGCUGUGAUUUGUGUGUGGUUGGGGCCAUAAGUGGCGCAGCGGGACAAAUGCGAAUUUCGUGUAUGCAAUUACUAGGCAAAAAGGUUUGUGCUGGCCGCGUCGCUUUAUUGGGCCAUAAGUCAUGUGCCGUGGCUGGCCGGGACAUUAGGGCUACAGCUGCGGCCGGCUACGGGCCACAUAUAUAAAAAGCGUCAGGCGGCUGGAAGCGUUUUCCAUUCGGAGGCGUCGCGACCUGCACUUGACUUGAACUUGACUGAACUAGCAAAAUGCUGCGCCAUGUGUUACGCCACGAGAACAACAGGAUAUUCGUGCUCAUACUGCUGUACUGCGUUCUGGUUAGCCUGCUGAAGCUGUGCAUGGCCCAGUCGGAGGGUACGGCGACUGCCAAUGACAAUGAUAUCGGGCAUCUGGGCGACGACUGCCAGGUGACGCCGGUCAUCCAUGUCCUGCAAUAUCCGGGCUGUGUGCCAAAGCCAAUACCCUCCUUCGCCUGUGUAGGGCGCUGUGCCAGCUAUAUACAGGUCUCGGGCAGCAAAAUUUGGCAAAUGGAGCGCUCCUGUAUGUGCUGCCAGGAAUCGGGCGAGCGCGAGGCAGCCGUCUCGCUGUUCUGUCCCAAGGUCAAGCAUGGGGAGCGCAAGUUCAAGAAGGUUCUCACCAAGGCUCCGUUGGAGUGUAUGUGCCGCCCCUGCACCUCGAUUGAAGAGUCGGGCAUCAUACCACAAGAGAUUGCUGGCUAUUCGGAUGAGGGGCCGCUCAAUAAUCAUUUCCGACGCAUUGCUUUGCAGUAAACAAAUAAAAGGAAAACCAUCAUUAGAAUAGCAUUUUGUACACAAUUUGCACAUUGAAAUAAAAUUAAC